UGAAAGCUCGUUACGUCACCACUUUGUGUUGGGUGGAUAGAAAAUCUGGAUUCGACGAAAAGGACUGAAAGGAAGAUUCUGGAAGCCGGGUUCGACGAAGAGGCGGCAAGUUAUCGCGGGUAUCAUAUUCUUCUUUGUCAGCUGUGGUUGCGGAGGGGACAAUGGUGAAGGAAACGGGGUUUUAUGACAGGCUUGGGGUCAAGCCCAAUGCCAGCGCAGAAGAGCUGAAGAAGGCCUACAGAAAACUGGCACUGAAGUACCAUCCAGACAAAAAUCCAGCAGAAGGGGAGAAGUUCAAACAGAUCUCUCAAGCUUAUGAGGUGCUGUCAGAUAAACAGAAGAGAGAAGUGUAUGACCGUGGAGGGGAGAAAGCCAUCAAAGAGGGCGGCACGGGAGGAUGUGGGGCUUUUGGUUCCCCAAUGGACAUCUUUGACAUGUUCUUUGGAGGAGGAGGGAGAAUGCACCGGGAGAGAGGGAAGAACAUCGUAAAUCAGCUGACGGUGUCCCUCGAGGACCUUUACAACGGAGCCACCAAGAAGCUGAUCCUCCAGAGGAACGUCAUCUGCGACCGGUGUGAAGGACGGGGAGGCCGGAAAGGGGCUCUGGAGACGUGUCCGUCCUGCUGCGGCUCGGGGCUGCAGGUGCGGCUCCACCAGCUCGGGCUGGGCAUCGUGCAGCAGAUCUCCACCAUCUGCUCCAGCUGCCAGGGCCAGGGCCAGCGCAUCAGCCACAAGGACAAGUGCAAGGCCUGCGGGGCCCGGAAGAUCCUGCGCCAGAAGAAGAUCCUGGAGGUGCACGUCGACAAAGGAAUGAAGGACGGCCAGAAGAUUGUUUUUCACGGAGAGGGGGAUCAGGAGCCAGGCUUGGAAGCAGGUGACAUCAUUAUCGUGCUCGAUCAGAAGGCCCAUCCCGUUUACACCAGAGAGGGAGAGAAUCUGGUGAUGGCUAUGGAACUUCAGCUAGUAGAGGCGCUAUGUGGCUUCAAGAAGCCGGUUUGUACUUUGGAUAGUAGAACGCUUCUCCUGACCUCCCAUCCUGGAGAACUGAUCAGACCGGGCGACAGGAAGUGUGUCCUUAACGAGGGAAUGCCGCUGUACCGACGGCCGUUUGAGAAAGGCCGCCUCAUCGUCCUCUUCUCGGUUGUCUUUCCGCCAGAAAACUUCCUCCCGGCCAACAAGCUUAAGGAACUGGAAUGUACUCUCCGCGGCAAGGAGGAACCAGAUGACAGCAAGAACAUGGACGACGACCUUUACAUCUGCGCUAACCUGGAGGACUGUGUACCACCGAGAACGCGGCAGCGCUUCCGUGACCUUGACGAGGACCUCCAUUAUGGUGGAGGCGUCCAGUGUCAGACAUCAUAGAGACCUUUUGUUCAGAUGGCUAGAUUCCUUUCGUAAAGACAGUAUUAAUAAACGCUUAUAUGAUACUGACGAAUUCAAGCAACCUUUGAAGGAGAGUCAGCCUUGCCUGUUGUGCUGGUAUGUAAAGAAUGGCAGUAUCGUCGGAUUCUAAAGCCGGUUGAUUUUCAGCAUUGAAAUGUUAAUCUUGUUUUCCAAACCAAGGAAAGAACUGGUGCAGUUUUGUUGUAUCCAACAGUUUUGUACAGGGACUCUGUCCUGUAUAUCCAUAGUUAUAUACAGGAAGCUUAGAUUAACUUCGAUGCAGUUUGUCAAACUCAAAAAUGACGGGCUUUUUCUUUUUAAACUGACCAAACUGGCAACUAUUCUAAAACACUUAAGUAGAUUGAAAUCCCUGUUGUUUCUUCAUUACGAUUAUUAUAGUCGAUUAUGCGAGAGGCAGUCAAGUUGCAAAUGUACUUCAUUUGCUAAAGGGUCAUUCCCAUGAUUUUUUAUUUUUUUUUUUAAAGAGGGAAAAAAACAAAGUUGGUUUUCUUAUGUAGAGAUUUUGACAUCAUCUUACCUUUAAAUUACUAAAAUUGUCAUUGCUCUGACUUAAUAUUUAACUACUCCUUAAUUAGGCAGCCAAAAUUCUCAAUGCCAUAAGUUUUAAGGUAUUAAAACCUGAAACUAGAUGUUUCUAAAUCUUUAAACUUUGUUGUACAUAAACCACAAUAAACAAUUUGUGUGGUGAUAUAUAUUUUCACUAGCUUUAUUUUCUUAUCUUCAUAACUCUUGCCCUGAGUCUGAUUACUUUUAUUACAGAAAUAAAUGGUAAUAUAAUAAAACGGAUUAAGGGCCACAGAGGCAAAAUCGACUGUUUAGACGAUUAAGUUGUAUAGUUCGAGUCCGUCUUCAAAGUAAUUUUAAAAAUUUGAGAAAAUGGAUAUGCCAUGAUAGCGAGUUUUUGGGAAUGACCCUAAGGCAACAAAAUGUAAUUUUAAAUCAUGGUAAAGGUGGUGCAGUUGUAAACUGUACCAGCAUCCUGUACCAUGUAGUGAAAAAGGUUACUGAAGGUGGUCUUUGGCCCAGGAGUUAAGCAUUAAAUGAAAGCAGUGCUUUAACUCCAGCUGUGUGAAGCCUUACUUUUAUAUUUAGUGAAGUCCGGCUUGGUCGUUUUUUUUGCUGUCACCGGUCUAGAGGCUGCUGUUAUGAAGCAGACCUUGCAGUUCAAGUACGUUGUGUGUCAAUGACAGAUCUGUGUACUCUUGUACAGUUCAAUCAUCUUAAAUAUUGGAAUAUUUUAGCUGUGCGAUAUUAGCAAAUUAGUGAGCACUGUGGGUCACAUGGUGUGACGUCUGGCUGAGCUACAGCGGGGCCUACUGUUUUCAUGCUAUUUCUACAUUAAGCACAAUGAUUCCUUAAAUGUUUCGAGUCAUGCAGUUCGUUUUGGAUUUGAGGUGUCUCGUAACACCAUAUGCCUUGCACUUUGGGGAAAAAAAAAUAAAUCAGUCCCUCAAGAGUAUAUAACA